AUGUGUUCAUCAAACUGGAUUUUGGAACCGCCCGUCCAUACAACACAAGAUGCUUCCUCUCGACCGAGUCGCCUUCUGAAAGCUGAAAGUUCUACCACCGUGCAAUUAGGCCAGCAAGACCGACCUAGACGGAUUAUCCCCAAGCAGGACGAGUUUGACUUGGCAUCGGUGCUCUUCGCUCCGUUGAACACGCCUGCAUUAUCAUCAUCGUCAUCAUCGACGAGGAAGAAGAGAGACAGGAAACAGCCACCGGGACGCUCGCAGUCUUUACACGAGAUCGGCACGAGAUCACGCGAGAUCGAGAAGCCCGUACGGGAUUUGAAUACGGGGAAGAGGGUGACGUUCAAAGAGAAGAUCACGGAGAUUAGAGAUGCCGUUGCAGAUCGGAACCGAUCGCCAGCAGCUGAUGUCAGUGAUGACAUGUCACUGAGGUCAUCCUCGUCCCAGAUAUCUGAAGCUGCAAAGAUUUCCUCCCGCGAAACUCCUAACCAUGAAUUUCAAGGGUCUUGGUUUGAGAAGACAGAGGAUAUAGACAGGCAAAUGGAGGGCAGCGUUUCUGACGACCAAGAUGAUGAGAAGAAUCUUAUCAUUGAUGAAUCACCCACAACGCAGCAGCCAAGUGAUGAUACUGACACAGGCGUCAAUGUCUUCAAACGUGUCGAGACUUUCCCCGACAAAACUACCUGGGGUUACAAAACUGACUUAGAAUGGAAGGCAAAGGAGCAGGGAGAAAAGGCCAAAUCGGAGAGCAGUCUGCAGGCUGCUGAUUCUGAGAAUCCAGAGAACAGCAGCAACAUUCCAUUGCAAACAAUUCCAGUGAGCACUGCACAGACAUCGGAGCAAACCUCUUCUGUUAUUGCCUCUCUGUCUGUCAUCACUGAUUAUUCGACAAGCAAGCCAACUCCGUCUACACAAGAACAACACGAACAUCCAUCUCUAAUGACAAAUGGACCUGCAUCUGCGUCGGUGGGAUGCAGAUCUACGUCAGUGCUUCCAGAGCCAGGGAGUGGUCAAGUUGGCAUUAAGGAUGAGCAGAAACUGGUUGAAGAGAAGUUGUCUAGACCAGUGGUCACAGCUGCGAACAAUACUACACCAAUCCCACAACCACCUGGCAAUCAGCAGCCAAUCUACACCGCUAAUUCCAAGACACAUCCUGCCUACCAAUUCAUCGCAUCUGGCGCAAUAACAAACCGUCUCCUGUCUCCGUCCUAUUUUCAAAGAAGAUCAACGAGUGCCACACAAAGCUCUUGUAGUCAUGAUGUGGCUACCCAUCCGUGCCCGACCUCAUGCUUUCCACAGCGAAUGGUUUCUCCACAAGCAUCAGCGAGCAUCGAAGACAAGCCUCAGAUACUGUUCUUUCCUGGCAAUACCCAAGCAACACUUCCCAGGCAAGGAGCAUGUGGUCCAGUGGUCUGGUCCACAAGUACUGCACCUCACUAUCAUCAAUGUGUGACCCCAAUUUUGGGAGGGAGGUACCAAACUCCAACAACCUUACCCACGCAGUACCAGCCAAUCAUGCUUCCCCAGUAUCACCAAGCCCUUCCCAACAGGAAUGUUCCAGGAAUUACAGGACACCAAGUUACACAACCAAGAUGGCAAGGUCAACGCUGCCAAGCUGUGAGAUUUGUACAACCCUCAACUGUGGUACCUGGAAAUUACCAACCUAUAAGGUAUGUCAUUUACAAAGCAACCGUCACAGGAACCUCAGUGUCGUCAUCGCAACAAGCGGCUUCCUCCAAACAUGUACCUGCAAAUCUGCAAGCACCUGUUCGGGUACCUACACCUGUUCAAGAAAUGGUAGCAGCACCUCUAGGUCAGCAGCAGUCACCUCGACCCCUGCAUCAUCGGGACCCUCCACCACCACCACCACCUCCUCGACCAUCAACAAUUCCAUCUAAACAAUCGCCACCGCCGCCACCACCACCACCUGCAACACAAAAGCAGUCACCUUGGGAGAAGGCAACGCCACAACAAACACCAUUUGGAGGGCAUCCUACUAUAAGUAAGCCAUCUUCGAGACCCUCUCCGGCUUCUGUUAUUCCAAACGGUACACUCUUCGUUCAAACUCCGAAGGGGCUUGUACAACUGCCCCGGCAACAUGGAGGUGACCGGAAACCAUCUCCGAGCAUUUCCUCCCAGCAGUAUAAACUGCUCCCAAAACCUACAGAUGGCAAAACAGCAGGUCUAAACAAGCAAAUUCAAGGUCGUAUACAUCUUGCCUCUGUACCAAAGGGUUGUUUACCUCCAAGACACGGCAAAGAUGUACCCCUACAAUCUGUUAGACAUCCACCACACACGCAGGCAUCCAGAGCCUUGACUGUUAAAAUGAAGCCGGACCAAACCACAGGGAUUAGACUGCCAUUCCAAAUGCUGUCACAAAAGCAGCUCGUCCAUCUGACAAGCAAAAGCACAUCCCAACAUCAGAAAAUACAGGAGAAGGAGAGCGGGCCAGGAAGUUCCAAGGCAGUCACCCACAACAAAUCUCAGAACGACCAUCAGAGUGACAAAUUGGUUGUCAGUAACAAACAGAAUGCUUCCAAAGAAGUGUCUGAAAAAUAUCCGGAGGUAAAGAGUAUAGAUUGUGAAAAAAGAUUGAAAGUUGGAAUCGCCAAAGCAGCCACCUCUUUAGAAGAGAAUGCAAAAGAUACUGAUAAACAUAAAACGUCAAAGACCAAGAGUAAUGACAAAGAAUCUUCUCCGUGUUCUCAGUCUAAAAAGUGUGCAGGAUCAGGGCCCAAAGGUCGGUACGUCAAAUUCCUUGACAGUUCUGUUACCGUCAAUUGUAUUUAUGUCCCCAAAACACUGCAUUCGAGCGCAGAGAGAAAAGAUGUUGACUCACAGAAGACAUCCAGAGAGCAAGAAACAUGUCCUGCAUCUCCAUCAAAGACGGCAUCAUUGGAAAAUAUGGAUAAUUCUGACCUGCCUAUGGGUGAAAAAGACUUUGAUAUCGUGGAGGCUCUGAGUAAACUUUCUUCAAAUGACAGCGAUACUCAGUCAGAAGACACAACAUCCAGUCAUGGAGAUGACUACAAAACACGAUCUGAUGACGAAGAUGACAAGAAGGAUGAAUGGCGACCAUCAGUCCCAGUGAAAAUACCAUCCAAAUGCACAAGAAGGUUCCGGAAUGCCCUGACCGGCGGUUUGUCCAAGAUAAACAUCCGGACAUCAUCCAGGCGAAGCUCAGGAGAAGCAAGGCCUUCAGAAGAGAAAGAAGACUGUGCCACAAAGAUUAGCAAGGGCCAUAAUGAUGAAACAUCUGCAACGAUUGCUGUAUUUAAACAUAACGAUUUCAGGACAGGGAGGACCAGUUUCAAACAUCAGACUUGCAUCACUAGCAAGUUGUCCUCCUUGGAAGACACAAAGGUCAACUUUGGCACACAAUGGAAAGAAGCCAACAUUGAAAAUCAAGGUAGUCCGGCAUUUCGCAGAGUUGAAGAUGAUGACUCAUUGUCAUCACGGCCUUCAUCUUCUUCAUCUUGCAAGAAUAAAACUCCCCCCAAAACAGAACCUCUGAAACAAGUUCCUAACACUCUCAGCAGAAAGGAGAAAUCUAAAAAGAACAAGGUAGACGAAGACCAUUCUACCAAUGGGCAAAUCAACAAAGACUUUCCUGUGAGUAAGGCCAACAGUCCCUCUAAAAGACAUCACCUGAGAUCUUCAAAAAGUCAAAGCAGUGACUCUGACACAGUACAUGUAUUGUCAAAAUACUCAAAGAGGGUAAGUUUUGGCGACAGUGACAGCUCUGGAAGCCCAGAGAAUAUCUCAAAAGAGCGGAUGUCAUAUCAAGAGGCAAGGAGAAAUAUGAGACGGAGGCAAGAUAGGGGGCAUCAGUCAUACCAUGCCCCACUUUGGCAGAAGGUCUUGAGAAUGUUGGGGUUAAAGAAGAAAAGGAAGCCAGUGCGCGAAGGGCCUCCAGGAGGAACGCCCUGGCACAAGCGACGAAGUUCAUCAGUGGUCCUGGCCGAGUCUCUUGCAGAAUCAGCAAAGCACCUGGAGAGGAACAAAGAAUCCAAGAAUGACACUGAAGAAGAGAAACCUUUAAUCAAUGAAGCCGUGAGUUCCCCUGCGACGAAAACCCCCCAAAAGAAGUGUCAAACUCCAAAGAAAGGAAAGCAAAAUAAGGACAAGGAUCUGGAUGUCGCACCAGCCCAAAAGAAGGGAAAACACAAGGCAGCCAAAAAGAAGCCCAAGAGGCGCAAGCUUGAAAAGAAAAGUAAAGUUUCGCCUCAGAGCUUGACUGAUCCUGCCUCAGGCAGCCUGACCUCCAUCGACUUUGAUGCUAGAAGGCAGACAAGAUCAAGAGCAAGGCGCAAAGAGGAUUCAGCUUCAGUCAGCAGCUACAGCCAGGUAGACAGCUCCCCAUCAUCUCCCAUCACACGCGGGAGGAAGACCCUGGCUUCCAUCUCAGCCCAGACUUGGGAAGACUGCUACCGCUGCACGUACCUCAAGUGGAAGGAGGCCGAAAUCAGUCCCGAGAAGUUGGCCAUAGAUGAAGGGUUCAAGGUGAUGACAAACGAGCUCGGGACUCCAAGAGGUGGACCGUCCAAGGACAAGAGUUUCCAGAAACUCCUCAUGUCCACGUGGGAGGACAUUGUACAAAGUGCACAAACUGGAUCUCUUGGGGAAUUUGAGUCUGUAACAAUUAAAACAGAGCCCCAAGUCCAGACAGGAGAUGAGUCCAUCUUUGUAGACACUCCACCUGUUGCUGCUGAAUUCAGUGUGUGCACUUCUGAUCCUGUGGAACCUUUACUUCAUCAGGGGAUUCAAACUGAUGAUACCUGGAUAACUGAUACUAAAUUCAGUACAGAUGCUAACAAUCUAAAGUUAGAAGAUAGCAUCGCACCUCAGGAUGACAUUCAAACCAAACAGGUAGCUGAAGAUACUCCAGCCACCUAUCCCAAUCCAACCUUGUCUUCAGAAUACAAUUCUCAUCAACAAGAGUUUCUUGUUGAUUCCUACGGGAUGCCUCCAGUGCUGAGUCCAUUUCAAGACGUGACUGAAGAACCCAUCAGUCAGGCAGAGCAAUCGGCAGAGAUGUUUGAUACACUUGAAGAUGCAAAGGCAGCCGGCUUCAUCAUCCCCGAAGAAUUGACGGAGGAGAUGCUUCGACUGUUGGCCGAGGAUGGAAGCAUCGAUCCAGAUCUUACAGGUGUGCAGGCCUUUGCCCUCUUCAUGCCCAACAUGGACGACGAGGAUGACCAAUGCGACGACCGUGGCUCACUUUCUGGACUAUCGCAGUCUAAUGAGAAUGGCGAGAGUGAUGAUGACAAUGAAGUCCCACCUGUUAUCUCAUGCCAUCGACUGGACAAGUUCAGCGACAUGCAUGGAGACACCACAAAUGAGGAUGAAGUGAGGGGAAUUCAUGUCAGCAGCACUCUUGAAGGCAAGCGAAGUAUUCCCAUAACUGAUGGCUCAGAGCUGGCCGGAUUUGUGGACAAACAGCUAAAAGCCACAACUGAACUAGUACAAGAAGCAGUCUGUGAGACACAUGCUACGUCUGCCAGUCAAGAGGAUUGUUGCCUAGUGAUGGAUGCGAUGGCAGGUGCUGAUGCUCACCAUGGCAACACGACAAAUGAUGCUGCUCUUUCCAGCACUUUCCCUCAUGAAGUGGAUUCAUUGAAUGUUUCCCUGGAAGAAGGGGAAAUUAUUGAUGAUGAGAGCAGCGAAGCUACAGGUGAAAGACAUGUAAAAGUGACAAGUGACAACACUUAAUUCACGCAUCUUUGAGCCUGAUUGAAACUGCAUUUUUGAAACGGUUUAAACUUGAUGUUAAAGCAAAUUUUCAAUUGCAUUUUUGACAUUUGAUUAUUACAUGGAUGGUGAUUCCUUCAAUUUGAUUACUUAUUAUUUUAAUGUGAAAUGAAAUGUAAUGUAUGAAAAUAAUUAGUAUAUUAAUA